CCCCCCGCCGCUGCCCAUCGCCCCGCAGCCGGACACGCCGCCUCCUCCGUCCCUACGUACGCACACAUCGACACACACACACCUCUAAAUAUCGAAUUUUUAAAGAGGAAAACCUCCUUUUCCCCCUGCCCGGUGGCUGGUUUUCAUUAGGGAGGUUUCUCUCUCUAACCCCAAGGGAAGCAGCCUAUGAGUUCGUAACUGCGGUGCAGGACGUAAUUAUCUCAUUAAGGGGAGAGAGCCAGGCUGCUCCCAGCGGAGCUGACCUCGCUCCGGGGUUGAUGGGGGCCCGGAGGGUGGGAUGUAGGUGGAGGGGUGGGCCCGGAGGGUCACCAUUUGGGGUGACCCGUUCGCAGCCCCAUUUGGAGCCGGGGAAGCGCAGCACUCCCCACGGAGCGCAGCCACUUACACUUGUUGAGAGAAGCACUUAAAGCGGGGCUGGAGGGGGGGGAUGCGCAAGGGGUGAUUCCCCCCCACCCCGGGGGUCGUUGUACCGGGGGGCGAGGGGCCGCCCCGCUCGGUGUAGGGGCGUUUGUUUGAACAGCUCCAGAGCAAAGAGCAGGGGAAGAAAGUUUGGGCUGGGAGCGUGGUUUUUUCCCCAGACGUCAGCACAAGGCGGAACAGGGGCUGGGGAGGGAGCCGGACUCGCAGGGCAGCCGGGAUUUUUAUUAUUUUUUAAAUUAUUAUUAUUAUUAUUUUAUUAUUAUUUGGUGGGAUCGAGAAGGGGAAGGGCCGGGAGCGGCCCGGCACCUCGGGGUGGGCUGCGGGCCGGUGGGGGUGGGAGCCAUGGACUCGCCGCCAGCCUUCGCCAUGGACAAACCGUUCGCCCCCAGCACCGUGCGCGUUCCGGAGCCGCCCGAAAACCCUCAGAGCCGGAAAAACUUCAGCGUGAGCCAUCUCCUCGACCUGGAGGAGGUGGCUGCCGGGAUGAACGGGGCCCCCCCCGCCGGCCCCCCACCCUCCGCCGGCGGUAAGGCCAUGCCGGAGCCGUCGGGAGGCAGCAGCGGCAGCGAGGCGGCACCCCAGGACGGUGAGAGCCUGAGCCCGAGCCGUGGAGUGGCCAAGAGGAAGAAGAAGCAGAGGAGGAACCGCACCACGUUCAACAGCAGCCAACUGCAGGCUCUGGAGAGGGUCUUUGAGCGGACGCAUUACCCCGACGCCUUCGUGCGGGAGGAGCUGGCCAGAAGGGUGAACCUCAGCGAGGCGAGAGUCCAGGUUUGGUUUCAGAACCGGAGGGCCAAGUUUCGCCGUAACGAGAGGGCGAUGUUGGCCAACAGAUCCGCGUCGCUCCUCAAGUCCUACAGCCAGGAGGCUGCCAUCGAGCAGCCCAUGGCACCGCGGCCCACCGCGCUCAGCCCCGAGUACCUCUCGUGGAGCAGCUCCUCCCCGUACAGCACUGUGCCGUCCUACAGCUCCAGCGGAACUGCGACGCCCACCCAAGGGGUGAACAUGGCCAACAGCAUCGCCAGCCUGCGCCUCAAAGCCAAAGAGUUCAGCCUGCAUCAGAACCAGGUGCCGACUGUGAACUGACCGGGGAAAAUCCCCGUGGCCUCAUCCAGGACUCGACGUGGGGAUCCUGUACUGAUCGGCACCAACCCGCCGCCCGCCCCACGCACUGCUCGUCUGAUGUCCCAGCACCUCUCCUCUCCUCUUCCCUCUUGAAGGUAGCGUCAAGUCCCAGUCUGAAGUGGCACAUCGCUAUAGCCACAUAUGGAGCAAACUUGGUUAGAAACUUGCUUUUCUGCACACCCUUAUAAUAAAGGCUAUAUAUACACACACAUACCCCCCACGCGCUCUUCGAGGACAAACAGACUUACCAAGCGAACAAGAAUUUGCUUCCAAACAUGGAAGGAUCUUGGACUUUUGGAUUUGACCAAUUUGGGUAUCUUGCCUGGAGAGCCAAAGAGUUAUUGGGUCUUCUCCCACAGGGACAGCACGCAGCACUGGGACGAUUGCGAUGCUGCACAAUGCCAAUUUUUUGAGCCCCCCUUUAUGCUGGGCCUUCACCUCCUCGUGCACUGCCAGCCAUGGGGCUUAGUGGGACCAUUGCAAGCCAACAGCUGCAUCCUGGUGCCGGAAACUGGGGGGGGGGAACGCAUCGCCGCGCCCCAUCCAGGCACCACCACCCCACAUCUGCGGGUUUGCCAGCAGUUCUGCAGAGCCCCGGGUCAUUGAACCAGCCCAGGGAAAGAGAAAAUUGGAAAAAGCUGUUGGUUUCAGCUGAGUAGGCGGCUCCCAGUGCUUCGUGCCAAGGGCAGAGCAGGCUUCGUCUUCCGGAGGCACAGCAUCCCCAGCGGCCGCUCUGCAGAUGGGCCACAGAGUGUGGGGCUGGAGGCUCCAUGGGGUGUUUUCUGUGUUUCUGAAUAAAGGAAACUGUAUUCCCCACCA